AUAAUGUCAACGUGACAUGUGUGACCCUGUGUAGUCUGUUUUAAUGUUUUGGCUUCUUAGUAUUAAUUAUUGUUUUCGCAACUUCUUUAUUAAAAUUAGAAGUGUUUAGUGUUUCUCAAUAAUACGCAUUGCAAAUUUAAUAUAAAUGUUCCAUAGCCUUCAAGCAACACUGUUGUGAUUCUUAAAAACCGUUGACGAAAUCAAACAUAAAAAAGUCUAUUCAGCAAAAAAAGGACAAGUUCUUGAAGAUGCCUGCAGCUAGCUUUGGUUCACUUUCACAAUUACCAGGAGCGGAGAACUGCGGUAUUAAAGAUGUAUGGAACCACAAUUUACAUGAGGAGUUUCAAAUAAUACGACAAAUUGUUCAAAAAUAUCAUUGGGUUGCUAUGGACACAGAGUUUCCUGGGGUUGUGGCUAGACCUAUUGGAGAAUUUCGAUCAACUGCAGAUUACCAGUAUCAGUUAUUAAGAUGUAAUGUUGAUUUGCUGAGAAUUAUCCAACUUGGCCUAACAUUCAUGGAUGAAAAUGGAAAAACUCCUCCUGGUUACACAACAUGGCAAUUUAAUUUUAAGUUCAACUUACAGGAGGACAUGUAUGCUCAAGAUUCGAUUGAUUUGCUCCAAAAUUCAGGUCUUCAGUUUAGAAAACAUGAAGAAGAUGGAAUUGAGCCAUUAGAGUUUGCUGAACUACUUAUGACAUCAGGUCUUGUGCUAAUGGAUAACAUCAAAUGGCUCAGUUUUCAUUCUGGAUAUGAUUUUGGAUAUUUGCUGAAGUUACUCACAGAUCAAAAUCUGCCGCAGGAUGAAAAUGACUUUUUUGAAAGUCUAAGAUUAUAUUUUCCAACUGUCUAUGAUGUCAAAUACUUGAUGAAAUUGUGCAAAAACUUGAAAGGAGGUUUACAAGAAGUAGCUGAUCAGCUGGAGUUACGAAGGGUUGGGCCGCAGCAUCAGGCAGGAUCCGACUCGCAUUUAACUGGAAUGGCUUUUUUCAAGAUAAAGGAAAUAUUCUUUGAUGACAACAUUGAGAGUUCCAGUGGUCAUUUAUAUGGCUUAGGAGCUCCGUUUUCAGUUAAUUCCAACAACUUCCAAGAUAACGGGGAGAACGGAAACUCCUCUUGAUCCGGAGAUUCUGUUAUAACAAAUGUAUCACCGCAACCCAAUGUGUUCCACCUUACAGAGUAAAAAAGAUAUGGGUAUGCGAAAUUGGGCUAACUCACUUGAUUGCAAUGUAUCAACAUUGUUGAACGGACUCAUGCAAUCGAAAUUCAGAAUAAGAUUCAAAGUCGACUUUUGACGCCAAG